UUUGCGCGUAUUCAGUUCUCAGCAGUUGCCUUGAGCAGUUCGCAAACUCCGCGUAAACAAACGUCUCACCAUACGCUGGCGGUAGGAUUGGUUUGUUUGUUUGUUGUUUGAAUUUUUCCUACCCUAGUCAGCUUCAUUCGCCGAGCGUCUUCUGUUCCAGCCGCUCGUUGGGAAAAUUUUUCCCCCAAAAACCUGUAACCCACGCUCUGUUAGGUUUUCCUUGCAUUCACUACCGGGGGCUGUAACUUGUGCGCUGAUUAAACCACCUUGUGUACGGUUGUGUAUGUGUGCAUAAGAUAUCAUUUGCUAACAAGUGCCUAUUGUGUUCCGGUAAACGCAUUUUGUAUGCGAGUGUUUUUCUGUGUGUUUGAAGUUUGGUGGCGUCCCGAUACAAUCAUCCGCACGUGACGAUCAUCUCGUGCAAACGUGCCGAAAGCUCCAGUUCAAGCGCACAGCAUCGGAAAAGCUGUUGCUCAACAAUCAAACAGUUUGCUGUGGAGUGGACAACCAUCGCGCUAAGCUUGUCGCUGUUCUCAGGACACAUACAGGCCGAUCGACAUCGGUACCCGAAAAAGUUUUGCAUUUGAAUCAUCUGCGAGUUGCACUACAGCUAUCAUCAUGCCUGGACGUCCACUGUGGCAGGUUGCCGGUAAGCGUGAUCGCGAUCAGGAGCGUGAGGCGCAGCACUGGAUCGAGACGGUGAUCGGGGAAAAAUUCCCUGCCGGCCACGUCUACGAAGAUUGCCUGCGCGAUGGCAUCCUUCUCUGCCGGCUAAUGAAUCGCCUGUCGCCGGGCAUAGUGCCGAAGAUCAAUACGUCCGGUGGAGACUACAAGAUGAUGGACAAUAUUAAUCAGUUCCAGAAGGCGUGCAUCAAGUAUGGCGUGGCCGAUGUGGACCUCUUCCAGACGACCGAUUUGUGGGACCGCAAAAACGUUGCCCUCGUAACGACGACCAUCUUUGCCGUUGGUCGGGCGUGUUAUAAACAUCCGGAAUUCCGUGGACCGUAUCUUGGUCCCAGACCGGCUGAAGAGAACCGGCGUGAAUUCACCGAGGAGCAGCUGCGUGCCGGCGAGGGAUUGAUCGGACUGCAGGCCGGAUCGAACAAGGGUGCUACCCAGGCCGGUCUUAACUUUGGCGCCACCAGGAAGAUUCUGCUCGGCAAGUAGCCGUUUCCAUCGGGUAGGAUGUGGAAGGAAAGAAGAAAAUGGAAAAGAAAGCUAAACAACAACAAAACACCAGAAUGAAAGAAAAACUAACUUUCCAACAGCUUCACGGCGGUCCUUUGGAAGCGUGACUUUCUACAAAACACUAAUCAUUAUUCAUAUCUGUUCUACGUUAGAAGCUACCACUUUCUGUUCCAUCCACGGUACUAAGUCAAGGGUAAACCGAGCGAUUAAGAGCAUGCAGAAAUCAUCAAACAAAAACGGCCAACGGGGAUGCGUAAAAAACCCGCACUUAAAUUAUUGUCUUAUUUAUUAAAACCGAUGCCGCAAAAUGAUUGAUUUCGGUGGAAAAAAAAGCUUAAGGCUGCGGAAACCCAGAUAUAAACAAAUAAUCUCAACUAAGAACUCCGAGAAUGGACGGUGGUGAAUAAGCUUUAACUAAACUUUCUCUCUUCUAUCUUUGUCUUUCUCUUAUGCUAAAAUGCAUAAUAUGUUUUCCAAACAGCACUAACUGAUAAUGAAGUAAUUUUUUAUAUAUUUUAUUUUAUUUAUUCAACGAUAAAGUAUUAUUCGGGGUAAGCGUUUCUUAAUUCCAUUUGUUUUCCUCGGUCGCCUUGCAACACUCAUUUAUUGUGUUACGCAGGUUCCCUUUAUUUAAUAUUGCUUCUAAAGAAAACCCCUCCUUUCUUUGCUAACACGCUAUUCCCGGCGACUAAUCGGUAUCUACAUGGUCGGUUUAUAAUUUUGUUUUUCUGACAAAAAUAAAGUACAAUAUUGCCUUUCUAAA